GUUCUUACAGGAACUUUGUAAGCAUUUUAUGCCCCAUUUGUUGCAAAAUAACACAAUGUAUCUUUUUCUCAGAGAAUGGUGCCCACAGAUCUUGGUAUAAUUUGUUUAAUGGUUACAGUUGUUAAUUUUCUCUUUUUCCUGAGGGGGAAAGCCAUUAAUCAUAAGGGGACUUUAGACCUAUACAGGGAGAACUAACCAAGAGUCUCCUGGAAUAGUUUGCUGCCAAAAAUUCUAGAAUCUGAAAUAUGACCAGAUGCACAAUGGCUGAUUAUUGUUGUUCUAGAGGGACAGAUUACUCUAGCACAGUAGUCUUUCAGACAUUUAAAAACAGAAGGACUAUGUCCCAAGUAUUAUUGUACAUAGGACCUAAUUCCAAAACAGGAUUUAUCUAGCUGGUGAGGGCAAUGAGCUACUGGAUCCACCUAAUGAACACAAGCAAUUCCUCCUACCCCCUUUACUAGCAGAAAGACCAGUAUUUUCCUGUAUUUCGAAGUACUUCUCCCACCACCCAUCUAUCAAUUUGUCAUACUGUGGUGGCCUGAAUGUUGUUGCUAUGAUGAUGACAGCUAAGCCACUGGUAUUUCUAGUAUCAGCAGGGUCAUCCAUGAUGGACAGGUUUGCAGUGGAAUUUCCAGACUAAGACUAGAAAGAAUGGCCUGGCAAUCUAUGCCUGAAAAGUACCUGUGAAAAUUCUGUGGCUCACAGAAUAUCAUCCAAGACUUAGACAUGCUUAUUUUGAACAUGUCAUCAGGAGAGAUCGAUUUCUGGAGAAGGGCAUCAUGGUUGGUAAAGUGGAGGGCCAGUAAAGGCAAGGGAAAUCCUCAGUGAGAUGGAUUGACACAAUGUCCGCAACAAUGGACCCAAAUGUACCACUAAUCAUGAAGAUGGGGCAGGAGUGGGCAAUGUUUUGCUCUGUUAUACAUCGGGUUGCCAUGAGUCAGAGCUGACUGGAUGGCAACUAACAAAAGUAACUUCCCCUCACUACUCCCUGACGUCUUUUUCAAUAUUCUGGUGCAGAACAAAACAAACUUGUUGCCUUUAACAUCUUAUUAGCAAGCUAUAGCCUUGCUGACCCUCUGUUACAGUGCUUGUUACCCUUUUGUAUUUGUCCUCAGUUACGUGUUGUUUCUUUCCAUGUUUUGAAUUACCCGUGCACACAUACUUGUUUUAAGUUUAGGGAUAAGACUGAAAUUUCAUCUUACUAACCCCGAUCAGUUCUGUCAUGAGCAUUCUACUGAAGAAUCGAGGGCCCUUUCCAAGCCCAAAGGGGAAAGAGUCUGUGUGUUGUUGGGAGUUGUAUGUGUGUGGUAUUGGAAAACAUGUUAUGGAAAACGUUUGACUAUGACUUUCCCUUUCUUUUGGUAUUGGCACGUGUUGAACUAACAAAGAGCCCAGGUGGCACAGUGGUUCAGUGCUUGGGUGCUAACCAAAAGAUUGGUAGUUCAAACCCGCCCAGCAGCUGCACGGGAGAAAGACCUGGUGAUCUACUCCCAUGAAGAUUAUAGUCUAGAAAACCCUAUGGGGCAGUUCUAUUCUGUCACAUGGGGUCGCUCCGAUUUGAAAUUGGCUCCAUGGGCACCGCCAACAACAAUGAACUACCACAUAAUGAACUAUCUACCAAGAUUUUACUUCAUUCAUUCAUUUAACAGAUUUAUUCAACAAAACUUUCUUGAACAUCAACUCUGCUAGGUAUUGUCCUGGGAACAGAACACAGCAGUGAACAAAACAGACAAAAUUUCCUGUUCAUGUACAAUUUCUGCUAAUGAUGUCUUCCAGCUUCAAUAUAUUUAGAGUUGGAUUCUCUUUUGUCAUGAUGCACAUUUUUAAUAAUUCAACUGUAGUCACUCUACCUGAACUGAGUCCUCAGAAGUAUUUUAGUACAUUGCAACCAGGAAAAGCCUCUUUAGCUUAUUUUUGUCAAGCUGAUUCUCCAAGUACCUCUGUAUUUCUUGAAGAACUGAAUGAAGCUGUUAAACCUCUCCAAGAUUAUGGAAUUUCAGUUGCAAAGGUUAAUUGUGUCAAAGAAGAAAUAUCAAGAUAUUGUGGGAAAGAAAAGGAUUUGAUGAAAGCAUAUUUAUUCAGGGGCAACAUAUUGCUCAGAGAAUUUCCUACUGAUACCUUAUUUGAUGUGAAUGCCAUCGUUGCUCAUGUUCUCUUUGCCCUUCUUUUUAAUGAAGUAAAAUAUGUUACUACUCUGGAAGACCUUCAGAACAUAGAAAAUGUUCUGAAAGGAAAAGCAAAUAUUGCAUUUGCUUAUGUAAGAGCCAUUGGAACACCAGAGCACAGAGCAGUCAUGGAAGCUGCUUUUGUGUAUGGGACCACGUAUCAGUUUGUCUUAACCACAGAAAUGGCCCUUUUGGAAAGUAUUGGUUCUGAAGACAUACAACAUGCACAUCUGUACUUUUUUCAUUGCAAACCAGUCUUGGAUUUCAUCCAGCAAUGUGGCAGAACGCUAAUGGAACAGCCAUUGACUACGCUGAACAUUCAUCGAUUUAUUAAGACAAUGGAAGCACCUCUGCUGACUGAAGUUGCUGAAGAUCCUCAGCAAGUUUCAACUACUCAUCUCCAACUAGGCUUACCACUAGUUUUUAUUGUUAGUCAACAAGUCACAUAUGAAGCUGAUAGAAGAACUGCAGAAUGGGUUGCUUGGCGUCUUCUGGGAAAAGCUGGAGUUCUACUCUUGUUAAGGGACUCUUUGGAAGUGAACAUUCCCCAGCAUGCAAAUGUGGUCUUUAAAAGAGCAGAAGAGGGAGUGCCAGUGGAAUAUUUGGUGUUAGAUAAUAUUGAUUUAAUAGUAUCCCAUGUGGAAAACAAUGUGCACACUGAGGAAAUCCAAGAAGAUGAAGACUAUGACAUAGAGGAUCCAGAUAUGGAUACUCAAGAUGAUGAAGUGGCUGAAACUGUUUAUAGAGAUAGGAAGAGGCAGUUAGCUUUGGAACUCACAGUGGAACUAACAGAAGAGACAUUUAACACUACAGUAAUGGCUUCUGACAGCAUAGUGCUCUUCUAUGCUGGUUGGGAAGCAGUAUCCAUGGCAUUUCUGCAAUCAUAUAUUGAUGUGGCGAUUAAAUUGAAAGGCACAUCCACUAUGCUGCUUUCUAGAGUAAACUGUGGAGAUUGGUCUGACUUAUGUACUAAGCAAAACGUUACUGAAUUUCCUUUUGUAAAGAUGUACAAGAAAGGUGAGAACCCAGUGUCUUAUGCUGGUAUGCUAGGAACUGAAGAUCUCCUAAAAUUUAUUCAUCUCAACAGGAUUUCAUGUCCAGUGAACAUAACAUCUGUUCAAGAAGCAGAAGAAUAUUUAAGUGGGAAAUUAUUUGAAGACCUGCUCUCUUAUUCUAGUGUGUCAGUUCUGGGAAUAUUUAGCCCAACCAUGACAACAGCGAUAGAAGACUUCAUUGAAGCAGGAAACUACCUGAAAGGAUAUGUUAUCACUGGAGUUUAUCCAGAAGAGGAUGUUUUGAUACUGUCAAAUAAAUAUGCUACAACUGUUCCAGCCCUACUGCUUGCCCGACACAAAGAAGGAAGAAUAGAGAGCAUUCCACUAGCUAGCACCCAUGUGCAAGAGAUAGUUCAAAUAAUAACAAAUGCUCUACUGGAAACAUUUCCGGAAAUCACUGUGGAAAAUCUCCCCAAUUAUUUACGACUUCAGAAACCAUUACUUAUUUUGUUUAGUGAUGGCAGUAUAAAUCAUAAGUAUGAAGAAGUAAUAUUGACACUGAUAAAACAGAAACACUUAGAUUCACUUACCCCUUGCUGGUUAAAUCUGAAGAAUACUCCUGUGGGGAGAGGAAUCCUGCGGGCAUAUUUUGACCCUCUGCCUCCCCUUCCACUUCUUGUUUUGGUGAAUCUGCAUUCAGGUGGCCAAGUAUUUGCAUUUCCUUCAGACCAGUCUAUAACUGAACAACACCUUUUAUUGUGGCUUAAGAAAUUAGAAGCAGGACUAGAAAGCCAUAUCAGAAUUCUGCCUGCUGAGGAAUGGAAACCUCCUCUUCCAGCUUAUGAUUUUCUAAGUAUGAUGGAUGAUGCAACAUCUCCACAUCCCACUAGGAAAGCUCCUGAGUGUAUGAAAGAAACUGAUGUGCAGGAGAAUGACAAGGAACAACAUGAAGAUAAAUCAACAGCCAGAAAAGAACCAGUUGAAACAUUGAGAAUAAAGCACUGGAGUAGAAGUAAUUGGUUUAAAGAAGCAGAAAAAUCGUUUAGGCAUGAUAAAGAGUUAUGAUGUUCAAAAGUGAGCUGAUUUCAUUGUGCUGUGGGAAGCUUUCCAAAGUUUUAUUGGCCUAUUUGAUAUACUUAAGAAUUUACUGCUUUAAAGAAUAAUAAUAUUGGAAGUGUCUAGAUUGGUGCUGUCCAAUAGAAAUAUAAUGCAAACCACAUGUGUAAUUUAAAUUUUUCUAGUAGCCACAUUAAUGAAAAAGGUAAAAAGAAACAGGUGAAAUUAUGUCACCUAAUAAUUAUAUCAAAUAUUAUGAUCUCAAAAUGUAAUCAAUGUGUAAAAAUUGAGAUAUUUCACAUUUUUUUUUGCAACAAGUCUUCAAAAUCUGGUGUGUAUUUUAUAGGUACUGCACAUCUCAGUUCAGACUUGCCACAUUUCAAGUGCUCAGUAGCCACAUGUGUCUAGCGACUACUGUAUUGGAUAGCUCAGCUCUAGACAAAAACGGAUAUAAUUAAUUUAACAUAGUUCUAGUCAUGAUAUGUAUUUGAAUUAAGAUUAAAAUGUAACUCCAGCUUAAUCACAGUUAACAGGGGAGUCAUACAGCUAGUAGUUGUAUUUGUUUUGUUAAACUUGGAUGUUAAAAAUAGUGUUUCUUAACCAGGGGAACAUUUUACCCCCAGGGGACAUUUGGCAAAGUCUGGAGACAUUUUUGGUAGUCAUGACUAGGGGACUGCUAUUGGCAUCUAGUGGGUAGAGGCAAGGGGUGCUGCUGAACAUCUUACAAUGCAUAGAACAGUCCACCACAACAAAAAAUUAUCUGGCCCAAAAUGUCAAUAGGGCUAAGGUUGAGAAACCCCAUAUUAAACUAACCUAUACCCAAAUGGGAUCCUUAAAUUUUCUGAUUCUGCUUAAUUAUCAUGUUUGAGAAAAAAAUCUUAGAUUAAAGAUAAAUAUUAGAUGGUCUUAUCCUGAUUAUUAGCUGGACACAGUCUUAUCUUUUCUUAUAAAUUUAUUUUUAUUUUCAAAAAGUGGUGAGAAGUAAACCUAAAAAGGACUCAGAGUUUCCUGUAUAUAUAUUUAAGAGACUCUUAAAACAUUCUCGUUACUACAAUUUAUAUCACUAAAUUUCACAUUGAAUAGUAAUUAAGCAUUCUGCUAUCCUCACAAAAGAGAGGCUCCCUCAUAUAUAUCAUGUCUGAAAUCUAGCCUUAUAAGCUUGGGCAACUCAGUUGGUCUCCUUAGGCCAUAGGGCCUCAUUUAUAAAAUGAGAGGGCUAGACUAGCUCAAAAAUUAACUUUUCAUUCAAGAAGCACUCUUAUUAGACUGACCUGUUUGUAGCGGUUGUUUGUCUCAUUCUCCUGUGUGCAUUUUUGAGACAUUUAUUGAGAACAUUCUUCUUGGUGCGCCACUGUAUUUCCCCUUGUAAUAUCUACUUGGAGUAUCUUGUUCUCAAAGUUUUCUCCACAUACUGUUACCUAAUACAACAUUUAUAACUGGAAUUAAAAAAGUAAAAAAUGGCUAAAUUUCAAUAAAUACAUGUGAUAUAGGCCAUUUCAUUGUAACAUAGGCCAUUUGCUACUCUUAGCAUCCCCAUUUCCAGUUUUUCCCCUACAGUUCAUAUUUCAGUUAGCUCUCACUUGUUUUUAUUUUUAACACGUAGAAGAUAUGAGAAUGAACUUUACAUAUAGUUUUUAGUUAUAAAACAUCAGCCUGGCCAUUAGAAAAUGCUAGUGAACGCACAAGCACAUAGAGACAUGAAAUUCAUUAGUCAUUGGACCAUGGCCAGCAAUUUUGACAGUUAUCAAUAUAUAUGUGUGUGUUUUAAAAAUAAUUUAAAAUGUCUGGAUUUCAGGCUACUUCCUAAAGCUUCCUUUGGUUUCUAUCAUGCAGUUGGACCACUUACCGUAUAUCAGUUAGGUGUCUUUGGUUGCAAGUGACAGACAUUCAACUUUGGCUAACUAUAGCAAAAUGGGAAUACUGAGUAAUUCACAGAAUUAGAGGAAAGUUUAAACCAGCCUGUGAAAAGACAGGAACCAAAUAUGUUCAGGGAUCUGUGCAGCAGGAACUAUUAGCCCAGUGCUGAAUCAAUUCCAGCUGUUUUUUUCUAUCCUUUGUCAAGACUCAGGGAGUCCCAGGAAAGUUGGUUAGGGGAAGAAGAAGCACCCAAUGGGCAGCCCUAACAAGACAUCCACAAUGUAGAAGAGAUUAAUCUCACAAAAGAAAUCUAGAUUUUGUUUACCAGAAAAAGAAUGAAUUUUGGGAAGUAUACAAAACAGAAAUAGAAAACCCAUGAGCCCUCGAGACAUCACUUGCUGUUCUGUCUUUUGUAUCCUCUUCAGGUUUUUCUGCCACAUCCUCCCAUCCAUUUUUGAGAGUCCCGAAAGCUCUCACUGUACCCUCAAAUGGUUCUAAUUUUCCUGUGUGUUCCCCUGAUCCCCUAUAAGAGUUGAUGGCCAGUGCACAUGUGUGGUCUGUGUAACAUCUCAUUCCUUCUGAAUCAAACUCUUUGACCCUUUCCUUCCUCACUUAGGCUAGACAGUAAACAUCUUUGGUCCACUGCUUCCAGGCCUUAUGAUGAAAUAUUCCAUGAACUGUUUUUCAAAAUUUCUGGAAUUCAUCAAUCUUAUGCUUCCUUUAAAAGCUAAUUAAACAUAUGUAAGCCCUGCUGUCAAAGGGCGGCUCAAGAACACAAAGUAAAGUAUUAUAGUGACAUGUGCAAAGAGCUGGAAAUGGAAAGUCAUAAGGGAAGAACAUGCUCGGCGUUUCUCAAGCUGAAAGAACUGAAGAAAAAAUUCAAGCCUCGAGUUGCAAUAGUAAAGGUUUCUAUGGGGAAAAUAUUAAAUGACACAGGAAGUAUCAAAAGAAGAUGGAAGGAAUACACAGAGUCAUUAUACCAAAAAGAAUUAGUCAACGUUCAGCCAUUUCAAGAAGUAGCAUAUGAUCAGGAACCGAUGGUACUGAAGGAAGAAGUCCAAGCUGCUCUGAAGGCAUUGGUGAAAAACAAGGCUCUAGGAAUUGAUGGAAUAUCAAUUGAGAUGUUUCAACAAACAGAUGCAGCGCUGAAGGUGCUCACUCGUCUAUACCAAGAAAUAUAGAAGACAGCUUCCUGGCCAACUGACUGGAAGAGAUCGAUAUUUAUGCCUAGUCCCAAGAAAGGUGAUCCAACCGAAUGUGGAAAUUAUAGAACAAUAUCAUUAAUAUCACAUGCAAGCAAAAUUUUGCUGAAGAUCAUUGAAAAAUGGCUGCAGCAGUAUAUUGACAGGAAACUGCCAGAAAUUCAGACCAGUUUCAGAGGAGGACAUGGAACCAGAGAUAUCAUUGCUGAUGUCAGAUGGAUCCUGGCUGAAAGCAGAGAAUACCAGAAGGAUGUUUACCUGUGUUUUAUUGACUAUGCAAAGGCAUUCAACUGUGUGGAUUAUAACAAAUUAUGGAUAACAUUGCGAAAAAUGGGAAUUCCAGAACACUUAAUUGUGCUCAUGAGGAACCUUUACAUAGAUCAAGAGGCAGUUGUUUGGACAGAACAAGGGGAUACUCAUUGGUUUAAAGUCGGGAAAGGUAUGUGUCAGGGUUGUAUUCUUUCAUCAUACUUAUUCAAUCUGUAUGCUGAACAAAUAAUCUGAGAAGCUGGAAUAUAUGAAGAAGAAUGGGGUGUCAGGAUUGGAGGAAGACUCAUUAACAACCUGAGUUAUGCAGAUGACACAACCUUGCUUGCUGAAAGUGAAGAGGACUUGAAGCACUUACUAAUGAAGAUCAAAGACCACAGUCUUCAGUAUGGAUUGCACCCCAACAUAAAGAAAAUAAAAACCCUCACAACUGGACCGAUGAGCAACAUCAUGAUAAACGGAGAAAAGAUUGAAGUUGUCAAGGAUUUCGUUUUAUUUGGAUCCACAAUCAACAGCUGUGGAAGCAGCAGUCAAGAAAUCAAAUGACGCAUUGCAUUGGGUAAAUCUGCUGCAAAGGACCUCUUUAAAGUGUCGAAGAGCAAAGAUGUCACCUUGAAGACUAAGGUGUGCCUGACCCAAGCCAUGGUAUUUUCAAUGGCAUCAUAUGCAUGUGAAAGCUGGACAAUGAAUAAGGAAGACCGAAGAAUUGAUGCCUUUGAAUUGUGGUGUUGGCGAAGAAUGUUGAACAUACUAUGGACUGCCAAAAGAACAAAUCUGUCUUGAAAGAAGUACAGCCAAAAUGCUCCUUAGACACAAGGAUGGCAAGACUGCGUCUUACAUACUUUGGACAUGUUGUCAGGAGGGAUCAGUCUCUGGAGAAGGGCAUCAUGCUUGGCAAAGUACAGGUCAGCAGAAAAGAGGAAGACCCUCAACAAGGUGGAUUGACACAGUGGCUGCAACAAUGUGCUCAAGCAUAACAACGAUUGUAAAGAUGAUGCAGGACCGGGCAGUGUUUUGUUCUGUUGUGCAUAGGGUCGCUAUGAGUCAGAGCUGACUCGAUGGCACCUAACAACAACAACAACAAGCUCUGGUGGCAUAGUGAUUAAGGGUUCGGCUGCUAACCAGAAGGUUGGCAGUUCAAAUCCACCAGGUGCUCCUUGGAAAUCCUAUGGGGUAACUCUACUCUGUCAUAUAGGGUCACCAUGAGCCAGAAUCAACUCGAUGGCAAUGGUUUUUUUUUUUUUUUUUGAAGUUGAACAAUAAGUAAUAACCUAUCAGUGGCUAGCUUUGAUAAUGUAACUGAAUAGGUAUACCUUGGAGAUUGUAAUUCUGCUUAAGAUGUAGAAAGCUACAAGAGAACAUUACUAUUAUCCUACCAACAAGGAAAAAAAUCGUAACUUAAACCCAUCACAAAAAACAACUAAGGGAACUGAAUUCCAAAGAAUGACAGACGUCUUCAAGAGGCGACAUGAAACACCGACUGUUUCACUUUUGGCAGAGAAUGGGAGAUUGCCAUCAAAACAAGAAGAAAUUAUUAAGAACUAGGAAGAGUCUAAGAUUUUAUCCCACUUGCAAGUUAGUAAGUUAGCUUUCCAUAGUUUCCUCAGUUUGAGAAAAAGGACAUUAUUAUAGUGGUAGCAUUAACUACAGUGUCAGCAUUUGUGUUGAUUCCCUGAGCCCCAGUCCUAAAGUGCAAUAAGAGGGACAGGUGACACCUGCACAUGCAGUGGUUUGCAUUACAGGGGAGAACCCUGAGCUUAGGGAACCCAAAUAUUUUAUAAUGAGUAUUAAGCACACUUGUCCUUUACUCUGGAGGGAGACAUCUUUAUUAUACUAGAAAGUAAGCAAACCUGCCCUUUCCUGUAGAAGGAGAUGCUAUUUCUCUUUUCCUAUCCUUGUGAACAUCUUUGGAAAGAUCCAGAAGAAAGGCAGGCAGUGUCUCACUUUUAAAUCAUGCAGAAACAUGAGAGAUAAAUGGAGAAUUGUCUCCUGACAGUAACCAACUAAAAUAUUAAAGCAUUCGUUAAGUGUGGGUUAGAAUAUUCGUUUAGAAUAAGUGGAAACCCCUGACAGUGGUUCACAUUCUCUCAGGAGCCCCUUUGCACAGCUCUGCACUGGGUGUACGUGAGAAGUAUUGAGGCAGGAGAUUAAAAAGAAGAAAUCCCUCAGUGAUACAGGCAUGUAAGUGGUGAUUGAUCUAAUAAUAAUUGGGGGACAGGCAUGAAACAUUGCGCGCUUCCUCAGCCAUUUCAUAUGAAGGAAAAGCUAUUUGCCUACUGGGGAAGAGACACAAAACCUUCCUGCCCUCAGGAAGAAAUCCACUACUUCUGGAAGAGUAAAAGCAGAAUCCCUUUACUCUGGUGAGAGGCAGGAAACCUCUUGGGCUCAGGAUCCUAUACGAAUAACAAAGUUCUGCUAUCACUGGGAGAGGUGCAGGAAAAUUUGCUCCAGAACUGUGAAGGAUAGUCUUCCAUGUUUGAGGUGCCAUGGGGGAGAGGGAGGCAGUUCUGAGAAGGCCCCAUUUCAAGGCCCAGGUACGCAGGCCCUGCCUAAAUCGGAGAAUGGAUCGAGAGAACUGAGAGCCCUCCCAGCCCCACCCACUGUGAGUUUAGUAUUGAAUAAUAAGGAGCAACAGUUUACCACUUCGGCAGGAGCAGGCUUGUACAGUGACAUUGCUUGAUGGCAUAGGCUGGCAGGGACUGCUGAAAGCAGCGGGUAGAGCAGGAAUAAUGAGAAAAAAAAAAACCUCUGGCACCCA